GUCACGUGUAUAAUAAAAUGGAGGCUCCUAAGGAGGUUAGGAAUGAUUUGUAUCCAAUAUCUGGCGUUCCUGUACGCUUUCCAUGCAAACCCUAUCCCACUCAACUCCAGAUGAUGUCUAAAAUUAUUCAAGCUCUUAAUAAAAGCGGCAAUGCUUUAUUGGAGAGUCCAACAGGUAGUGGGAAGAGUCUUGCAUUACUCUGCUCCACAAUAGCAUGGCAGAAACACAACUAUGAAUCCAAACUCACCUCAUCCAAUGAACCCAAGCAAUCCUCAUCCACUGAACCCAAUACUAACAAUACAACUGCCUCAUGUAACAGUUCUGUAUUGCCUAAUACUGGGGAUGAAAAUGAAGGAGGGACACCCUGUCAAUGUACAUGCCAUACUGAUAUUAAGAAGAUUCAAGUUCAGUCUACCACUAAUACAUGUCAACCAAUGAAUGAGACUAUUAACUCUUCACUAGUGACUGAUGUUCCUCCUAAUACUAUUAUACCUAAUACUACAAUACCACCUGUUAAUCUUCUUACUAAUACUGGCUCUAUUGCUACUGGUCCUGAUGUGACUGAGGCUAAUGUAAUUGAUCCAAUUACUACUACAAAAGCUAAUGUAACUGAUUCUAUUGCUACUGGUUCUACUGCUACUGGUCCUGUUGGUGAUACUUCAUCUACUCAGUGUUCAGUGCAAUACAGCUACUAAUUACCAAGAUAAUACUACUGCUACUAGUAAUAAUGGUAAAGACACUACUGUUGAUAAUCUGCAAGAUGACAGUGACAACGAUGACAAUGACUUUAAACCAAUCAAGAAACGAUUCCGUCCUCUGAUCACAAACAAGAAAGCAAAAACCAAGAGGUUCAAGGUUGUGGCAAAGGGUGUGGUUUAUGAUGAUAUAGACGAGUCCACUUGUGACUCACAACUCACUCCUAAUGAACAUGGCCACCCGACAUGGAGGAUGGUCUCUGUAAAAGAAGAGCAAGAUAAUAAAGAGAAAGAGAUGCAACCUGUUUCCAUUGUACCAGAUCCUCAACCAUCAGCUCCUCCUCUUCCCCUCCCCCUUUCCUCUUGUCAGUUGUGUGGUUGUAAUCCUAAUAAGGAUAUUGAUGGUCUUAUGUUAAUGGAUAUCCCUCAACAACCAGUCACACACAAGUAUACUUGUUAUAUACUUUAAUAUGAGGCAUUUUAUAUACAUGUACAUGAACCAUUAUGUUUAAAGGUCAUAAAUGUA